AUGCGGCACGUCUGGUGCUCCCUCGUAGAGGUGGAUAAUGCCAAGGGCAAGGUCGCCUCCAAGGACCGCGGCGAGCUCGAACUCGCGGCUCGCGGCUCGCGCUUUGUGCGGGCGCACGACGACGGAGAGGAGGAUGGCGAUCAGUCUGCGAUCCGGCUCUGCCAGUGCACGAUUGAGUGGGCGGACGGCAGUGCGCGGGUGCGGCGCGAAGACGGCGCGCGCGUGAGCGUGCCUCGCGCGAGCCUGAGCGGCGCCAACCCGCUUGAUCGUGAGGGCUCAGACGACGCGGCGUCACUCUCGUGCCUGAAUGAGCCGUCGCUGCUGGCGCUGGUGCGGACGCGGUACGCGGAGCGACGCGUCUACUCUCGCGCCGGCCGCGUGCUCGUCGCGCUUAACCCGUACGAGCGCGACGCUGCCUUCCUCGAAGCGACGCGGGCUCACUCGAGCUGCGCCUCGCAGGCGGCGCUCAAGAGGCCUCCUCACAUCUUCGAGGUGGCGCACGAGGUGCACGCGAGCUGCGCGCUGCGGCCUCAGUCCGUCGUUAUCAACGGCGAGUCGGGCGCAGGCAAGACAGAGACGUGCAAGCACCUCACCCGCUACCUCACCGCCGCACCCCUGGACGAGGGCACCGCCGCCGUCGGAGCCGCUGUCAAGCGGGCACUCGUCGCGUCGUCCCCGAUCCUCGAGGCGUUUGGUAACGCGUGCACCCUGCGCAACGACAACUCGUCCCGCUUCGGCAAGCUGCUCAAGCUGCACUUUGGCGGAGGCGAGCUGCGCGGCGGCCGGGCCGAGGCCUCAGUCUACCUGCUCGAAAAGUGCCGCCUGGCGAGGCACGCCGCAGGCGAGCGCUCCUUCCACUCUCUCUACCAGCUC